CGGCGAAGGAAGUUUCUUUAGUUUUUUAAAGAAAUGUUAAAGAUUAACCAGCGUUUCCUGCUGCGGCACUUCCUGCGCCACGCCCACAACAAGGUGCGCGUCCGCUUUGCUCCCAGUCCCACAGGACACCUGCAUUUGGGAGGACUUCGCACUGCUCUCUACAACUUCCUGUAUGCCCGCCACUUGGGUGGAAAAUUCCUGCUCCGGAUCGAGGAUACUGACCAAACGCGACUUGUGCCAGGCGCCAGUGAACGCCUAGUAGAGGAUCUGCGCUGGGCGGGCAUUGAGAUCGACGAGGGACCAGGAUUUGAAGGCGAAGUCGGACCCUAUGUACAGAGCCACAGAAGGGAAAUUUACAGUAAAGCCAUUGGAGAGCUCCUGCAGAAUGGCAGGGCCUAUCGGUGUUUCUGUACAGAGCGCCGCCUGGAUUUGUUGCGUAAGGAGGCGCUGAGAACCCGCCAAGUUCCACGCUACGAUAACAAGUGUCGGCAUCUCACGGCAACGGAAACCGAAGCACUGCUGGCCAAGGGAACACCCCACUGCAUCCGGUUCAAGCUGACAGAUCACGAAGAACCACUAGAGGACCUUAUCUAUGGGAGUGUCCAUCACAAUGUAAGCGACACAGAAGGCGAUCCGGUGGUCAUGAAGAGCGAUCAGUUUCCCACAUAUCACUUUGCCAACGUGGUGGACGAUCACCUGAUGGGCAUCACGCAUGUCCUGCGCGGAGUCGAGUGGCAAAUAUCCACCACCAAGCAUUUGCUGCUCUACAAAGCCUUUGGCUGGCAGCCACCUAAGUUUGGUCACCUGCCGCUUCUAGUGAAUGCCGAUGGCACAAAGUUGAGUAAGCGUCAGGGCGACAUAGGUAUCCAGCAUUUCCGGCAACGAGGCUACUUUCCCUUGGCCCUGAUUAAUUAUGUGGUGUCUGCGGGUGGAGGGUUCGAGCAUAGAACCAAUGCCAAGCAACAGUUGCUUAGCAUGCAGGAGCUAGGCGAGCAGUUUCAGAUUGAGAGGGUUAACUCUCAUCCUAGUAGGUUAAAUCCGGAACUUCUGGAUGAUCUGAAUCGCCUGGAAAUUGGAAAGCGCUUGAGUGGAAAAGAAAGCCGCGGGGAGUUGGUCAAGCAAGUUCAGGAUUUGGUAAAGGAAGCCUAUCCCAAACACUCCAACUUGGAUCUGGCGGAGGAUCACAUACUGGAUGUUUUAAAUUGGUCUUCCCAGCGAUUGACUCUACUCCAGGAUCUCACCAGCAGCAAGUUGAGUUUCCUUUGGGUGAAACCUUUAGAUUUUCAACUAAAAGAACUCACGCCACAGCAAUUAAAUAAUCUGUUAAAAGAACUCCACUCCCAUCAGGACUUUGCCAAGGAUCCGCUUAAUGUUAGGCUAAAAAACUUUGCCCAAACGGAGCACCUAAAGUUCCCCCUCAUGAUGAAGGCCUUAAGGGCAGCCUUGAGUGGCUUAAAAGAAGGCCCCGGCGUGGCAGAAAUGAUGGAAAUCCUGGGAAAAGCGGUAACCCUCGAAAGACUCAAAGAGGCCAUGCCCCAGGAAAGUCUUAACAUAGAACAAAAAAUAUAAUUUCGAUUAAGUUUUGUUAUAUAUUCUGUUGUAUAUCGAUUACAUAUAUAUUUUAUAUUGAUAACUGUUGCAAAUUUGAGAAUAAGAUCAAUGAGUAGACACACCACACUAAGAAUCAAAAUUAUGUAUGAUUAAUUCUCCGUCAGUUUCAGAAACUAAUUUCUUGUCGCUCCAUUUUUUGGCAUUUUUCUCGCUUAAGCACCACUCCUAGAUUAAUUAUUUAAACGCUAAUAAGGUCGCUUAACUAAAGUCGCGAUUGGUGAGUAUAAUGGGCGCAACCAGACUCCAGCCAUA